AUGGGUACACACGACCUACAGACAUACUUGAUUGAACUCAAUGCUGGCGAGAAAUUGGACAGUAAAGUGACAUUCUUUAAGAAAGGUGAGUUAUUUUAGUAGGAUUUUUUGUUUUAGGUGGUAUGGUUAAUAUAAAUGAUUGUGGAAGAUAGAUGAGUCAGUAAAGUUAGAGUUUAAAGUUGAUAAAAGUUAAAAAGGAUAUUAUUCUAGUUUUUUUGUUAAUUUUAAAGUGGUUUUUAAACGCAUUUUCAAUAUUUUGGAACACUAAACUUUGAAGGACAUAUGUCAUGGAUAACAUAAUAUUUUGUGAAACUAGGUAAAGCCUCGACGUUGAUUUUGUUAAAUAUUAUUGUAGCUUACAUAUUUACACUUUUUUUAUUAAAAAUUUAAAUUUUUAGGUUGGACCGCACGCUUCAAGGCCGGUCGAAAGCUUCUUGGCCGAAAGUUGACGCUAAAAAUACCGAAGUUGGACAAGAAGUUUGAAUUCCCUGAACUCAAAGCUUUGUCUGACUUUGAUUAUCAUGUCGAUUUGCUCUGCGACACUUUUGGAAGUUUCAAAUAUGAAUUUCAAGUUGAAGGAGACUCAGAAUCUAAUGGUUCUGGUUAUUUCACUGUUCAGCCUGAGUGGGAAGUUAAUGGCAAGAAAUUGUCUUUGAAUUCGUUGGCUGUUCAAACCUAUUUGACGAAGCUUUUGGGACCUUUGGAAGACUGGAAGGACAGACUUCAGGUGGCCAAGGAAAGUGGCUACAAUGUGGUGCAUCUUACUCCUGUUCAAGUUUUGGGAGUUUCUAACAGCAGGUAUGGACUUUUACUUGGUUUUUUGAUUAUUUUAGGCCGGACAUCGGACAAAGCAUAAAAUGUUAUUGAGAAUUAACUAUAUUUUAAUAUAAAACAACUAUUUUUAAACCCAACUGCUUUCAGCUACUCAAUUGCCGACUUUCAAGCUCUAAAUCCAUCUCUAGGCGACGUCACACUUGAAGAUUUGGCCAAAUUCGUUAAAUUCUUGGAAGAAAAGUGGUCGAUUAUUACAAUUCAAGAUGUUGUAUGGAACCACGCUGCUCGUAAUGCACCAUGGCUUCAAGAACAUCCGGAAUGUGCCUACAACUGUGUAAAUUCACCCCAUUUAAGGCCGGCUUUUAUCAUUGAUCAAGCUUUGAGGCUUUUCAGCGAUGAAAUUGGAGAGAAUAAAUGGGCUGAUCGAGGAAUUCCGGCUGAGCUGAAUGCUGGCCAUCAUUUGGAGGUAAUUUAGAGCAUAUUGUAAAUUGGUCAGUAGGUAAAAUACGAAUUUUUCUCGUUGACAUUGUUUAAUUUUGUAAAAGGUAAAAAAUUGUAGUAAAAAAUGAUGUAUAACAUAAUUUUAAAGAUCGUAAAAUAAGUGACGUCUAAACAAGCGGAUUUUAGGCAGUAAGACACGCAUUGUACACAGAAGUGUUACCUAAAAUUCGAAUUGAAGAGUUUUUUCAAGUUGAUGUGAAUUCAGUGUUGGAAGCCUUCAAAGAGCGAGUUAAAAGCAAUAAACCUAAAGAACAAAUGUCUGAUCGGCCAUUGGAGAUUAUGCAGGAUAAGGACUACAAAAGAUUUGGAUCUUCGGUUGAUAUUGAGUUAGCCUACAGCUUGUUUUAUAAAGAAAUGUGAGUUUUUUGCUUAUUUUCUUUGGCUUUUAGGUUUUUAAUGAUAAAAUACGGAUUGGUAAUUACUAGUUUUGAAAUAUGUGAUAGAAUAAAUCGACUGAAUUAUUAUUUUUGUAGUAAAAGAUGUCAAAAUUAGCUAAAGCGAAGAAAACUUCAAAAAACAUUUAAUAAUGUAAUUUUUACCAUAUUGUAGUGAUGGCCUGAACGAAGAAGAUCGUCUAAAUCGAUGUGUAGAAGAUUUACGUCAAGCUUUAGAAGGACUAAACCAAAACAAGAAGAAUGAAGCUCAAGGACACAUUGAUGCUAUUGUUAACGCAACAAUGGGUCAUGUAGGGUAUGAAAGAGUAGAUGGACAUGGACCAAGAGUACCAAAGGUUACUCCGGACAAGCCUUUGACUACCAAGUAAGUUUGGAGUGGAUUGAAACGGCGGUUUUUGAGAUAUGGGGCGAAAGUGAUGUUAUACUUGGGUUCAGUUAGGGUUGGAGAAAGUUUUGUCGUUUUUGUAUGUAUAAAUUAAUGUAAAUGGACGACAAAAUUUUUUGUGAGGGUUUUAUAUUAACAUUACUUUAUUUUUUAGGCUUUCAUCUGCUUCUCUCAAUAAUUAUGACAUUUUAGCUACUUUGUCUUUCCCUUCGAAGUGCCAGACUUAAAAACGGCCGAAUCAGAAGCCUACGACAAGCUGAAUGGUGAAUAUAUUCACGCUUGUAAUGGCUGGGUGAUGAAUGCGGAUCCACUAAAGAACUUUGCCGAGCCACAUUCUCAGGUUUAUUUGAGAAGAGAGCUGGUGGCAUGGGGAGACUCGAUCAAGUUGAAUUAUGGCUACAAACCAGCCGACUGCCCCUACUUGUGGGAUUACAUGUUACAGUACACCGAGAAUUGUGUGAAAAUCUUCCAUGGUGUGAGGAUUGACAAUUGUCACAGUACUCCGAUUCAUGUGGCUGAGGUUGGUUUUUAGACUAUAAGGGGGGGGUUAAGAAAUCUCGAUUUUUUAGGUCGGGAGCCCUCUGAAGGGUUUUUGGGUUUAAAAAUGGCAUUUUUGGCCUAUAAUAGGCUUAAACUUGAAUAUUAAUUUAUAGUAGGCCUAAAACUGAAUAAUUAUGUUAAUAUUACAGUACCUACUGGAAAAAGCCCGUGAAAUCAGACCGGGCCUGUACGUAAUGGCUGAAUUAUUCACCGGAUCAGAACACUUGGACAACUUGUUUGUCAAUCGACUGGGAAUCACUUCCUUAAUAAGAGGUGAGUUUACUAUUAGGUUUGUUCAAACAAUUUUGAGCCCUAUAGUCGUGAAAAUUUGUUUUGAGAGGGUAAGAACAUCUCGAACUCAAGCAGGCUUUGAAUAAAAGGGAAGGAACACAAUACUUACAAUGACAGCAGUAUUAAGAGAAUACAAAAUCUUAUUACGAACAAUCGAAAAAAUACGAAAUCUUUAUGAAUACCCCAAAUAAUCCAAAUUUACUACCGAAAGCUCGAAGAAUCAAAGAAACCCGCAGUUCUCAUUGA